AUGCACUCCUCCACCGCUCUCGUUGCCGUCGCUGUCGCCGCGACCGCGCUCCUCCUACUGCAAAGGCAGCGAGGCCUCCUGCCGCUGCACCACCGGCCGCUGCGGCCGUUUGGCGCCUGCGUGGAAGCAUCGCUCCCAUCCCUGAUCCGCAAUGGCGCGCUGCUGCGGCGCCUGUGGCGGCAGAACGGCGGCCUGCUCGUGCUUCGCGGCCUCUCGCUGACGCCUCGCGGCAUGCUCGAGCUGUCUGCGCUCUUCGGGGAGGUGGAGCAGGAGCUGGAUGAUAGCAAGAUUGACUUCCGGGUGGGCGGUCUCUCGUCGGUCAUGCGCAUCGGCAAUGUGCGCGACGAGACGGGCCGCCUAAUCUCGAUGCACACCAUCUCCGCGCCGCUGCCGCCGGGCGGCUCUGCUCAGUACCGAGCCGCCGAGCGGCAGCCAGCGUGGCACACGGACUCGCUGUACCGCCGGCGGCCUCCCGUCGGCUCGGCGCUGUACUGCGUGACGGCCCCGCCCUCGGGCGGCGCCACGUGCUUUGCGGACGCGACGACCGCCUUCGCGAGCCUGGACGAGGUGACCAAGGAGCGGCUGCGGGGCCUGACCUGCGUCUGCUCGAUGGCGCACCACGACGCAAAGGUGAAGAAGCGGGGCUCGCCAGACUACCCGACUCUCUCCGAGGCCCAGCGGAGGGCCAACCCGGCUCAGAGAGUGCCUCUCGUGCUGCGGCACCCGCAGACGGGCAGGGAGGCGCUGUCCGGCAUGAACGCGGGGACUUGCGCGGUGCUGCCCGGCGGGGCCGAGCUUUCGCGAGCGGAGAUGGACCGGUGCGAGCUCGAGGCGGUCGAGAUGCCGUCGGUCGAGGCGGAGCUUCGUGCGCUGCUGCCCUUUGCGACGCGCGACGAGUUUGUGGUCCAGUGGCAGUGGGAGCCGGGAGAUUUUGUCGUGUGGGACAACCGAUGCACGAUGCACUGCGCAACGGGCUUCGAGUGGCAACGGUUUACGCGAGAAAUGUGGCGGACGACGCUGGUGAGGGAAUGGGAAGAGUAG